AUCACAUACUAAUAACAGUAAUAACACUAAUAACUAUAUAAGAUACACGGCUAUUUAUUGUUGUUGUUGAUGUUGAUAUCUGCUGAUCGGAGAUUACGUUUUACGGUUACGCGACACGCCAAAGCGUAUUAACUGCUUUUCAAUUAGUUUGUAAGUCCACACAUCGUCGUCGUCGUUGUCGUGACUUCAGUGUGCACUUUAAAUCGCGUGCCCUACAAGAUGACUCGGAGUUAGUGUACCGACCACGGCCGCCGCCGCCGAUGGUCGUCGUCUUUGACGGGCGUUUGGUAGUGGUUGUGCGGCAGCCGCAGUCGGUGUCUGCUCGAAGGAAGGACGCCAUCGCCGCGUUCGCGUGUCUGACGCCCGUUAAUAUUGCCUCCGUCCUCGAGUCGCGGUUACCAUGUCUGAGAAGCAGCCGUGCACUUAUCAGCAGACGCGGUUUCACCGGUUCCACGGUUACAAUUUGAGUCUGCACGACCAGGACACUGUGGCCCACCGGGAGAUGAGCUUCGCCAACGCCAUAGUGUUCAGCGAACGGUCGCUGUCGCCGGGUGAAGUGUUCCUCAUCGAGAUCGAGAGCAGCGAGAACGGCUGGUCCGGACACAUACGGCUGGGCCUGACCCAGCUCGAUCCGGAUGCGUUGCAACGCAGUGGCCAUUUGCUGCCUCAAUGCGCCAUACCGGACAUGGUGUCCAACAAAACGAUGGGCGAGUCGUGGAUAUGCGCACUAACCAAACACCAGGCCUGGUACGACGCCAACUAUCUGACCAAAUACUUCCGGCUAGACGGCAAUCAUGUGUUCACGUCCCGGGGCACGUUCCCGACCAGCAUUCUGAAGUCGUCGCGCGACGACAAAAUGGAUAUCCUGCCGACGGAUGUAGGCAGUCGGGUCGGUGUGUUGUACUUGCCCUGUGGCCAGAACAUGGCAGUCAUGCAUUUCAUCAUCAACGGUGAGUUUGUCGUACCACUUUCGAGGACCAUACCGUAUAAUGAUGGUCCUAUCAGAGCGGUCAUUGAUGUAUACGGUGCCACUAAACGAGUCCGCGUUAUACAAGUGUACAACGUGAAUUCAUUGCAGAGUGCGUGCAGGGAAAUUAUUCUGAAGAACAUCAAAGCAGCAUCUGUAUCAAAAUUACCAUUACCCAAUGCUCUUAAAGAGUAUCUCCUUUAUAAGACUUAAUCGGUGAUUACAUUUCUAAGUUAUAACCCUAAUUUUAGUUUCCAAGCUGUAAUUGUACUUUUUUUUACCAUUAUAUAAGUUUUAUAAUUUAUUUUAUAAUAAUUUUUAUUGUUUUUAUUUUGUGCCUA